CCCGUAGGCCUACACUGGUGCAAACAAGAUUCUGAUACAGGAUUCAAGAUGGCGUUGUUUCUUCUAAGUGUGAUGCUGACAUUGUGUGCUGCCUCUCCUCAAGAUUUGUCAGGUAAAAUGUUCACCUUUCCGGAACCAUCUGACUCAGCUCAUGUGAGGCUGACAACAUCAAGACAGGUUUUGAGUGCUGUAACUGUCUGUCUCAGGUUCUUUACAGACCUCCGCAGAGAUUAUAGCCUUUUCUCUUUGGCCAACCUUGCUUCUGACAAUGAACUGCUGAUUUUCAACAGUGAUUCAGGCAAUACGUAUAAUUAUUAUAUCAAGAAUAAAGUUGAAGUCUUUAUAGAGCAGCACUAUAAAUUGAACACGUGGCACUCAAUUUGUACCACAUGGGAUUCUGAGUCUGGACUGGGCCAACUGUGGCUAGAUGGAAAGCCCUCAAGUAGGAAGUACAUCAGCUCUGGAUCCAACAUCAGCGGGCCCAUUAUAAUUGUUUUAGGACAGGAGCAGGAUAGCCAUGGUGGGGGGUUUGACGAGAAACAGUGUUUCGUUGGAAUGAUGUCUGAUGUCAACAUGUGGGACUACAACCUCUCCCCAUGUGAGAUCCAGAACUACAUGCACCAUCUAAACUUUGCACCAGGGAAUGUGCUCAACUGGAGGGCACUGGAGUUCCAGACCACAGGAAGAUUGCUGAUAGAAGACAAACAAGAGAUUAAAACCUGUAAUUAAACUUUUGAAAAGUGAAAAAACAGGUAAAAAAUAUUAAUC